AUGCAGCUAUAUGUGCUUGGCCCAGCAUUUGACCUGCCAUCAAUCGACGCAGGAUGUAUAGCAGCAGUAACACUCCUUCGACUUAACAGCGUCGGCGACUGGCAACUCAUACCCACCCACGAUGACCGAGAAGGAUUGCCAUUACUUGUCGAUAACAGCAAGCGAUAUCGAGGGUAUGCCAGUAUUGCAAAUCACCUCAAAGGAACUAGGCCCACCGCCGACGACACCGCCCUAGCAUCGUUCCUUCACUCCUCAGCUCAAACUCUCCUCGACAUCUCCCUCUACGUCUCAUACGAGAACUACACGGCAACCCGCUCAGCCUUUACCAAGAUCCUACCGUGGCAUACUAAUUACUUACUCCCUCCUCGGAGAAGAGCAGCAGCGCGGCAACGAACGGAACAUCUCGGCGUCUCUAGUAUAGACGUGGAUGAUGUGCAUGAAGAUCUGAGCAAUCGACCUUCAGGCUUCGAUGGCGUGGGAAAGGAAGGCCAAGGGUUCGAGGUAGAAGCACAGAAGCGAGCGAGCUUGUUACUACCUCGGAAGGAUACAUUGAAGAGUCUGCUGCAGAGACCAGAACAUUCUGCAGUGUUCAAGCUUCAUGCCUUGGCGGACAACUUCUUUGGAGCUCUACAAGACAUGCUUGGAGCAAAGCAGUAUCUGCAUGGUGAGGAUAUUUCCGGCAUCGAUUGUCUAGCCUUUGGGUAUUUGAGCCUCAUGCUAUACCCACAACUAUCGCAAGACUGGCUGGCGAAGACGAUGAGGAAGAAAUACAGCAAGGUGGUGGAUUAUGUUGAGCGGAUACAUGCGAAGCUCGAAUUGAGAACGAACGCCGAGGAGGUUAUGUCGUUGGCCCAGUGCAAGAUCGAAGAAGAGGUAGCGGCUCAGCGAAAUGCUUGCGGUAUGACUCUGCCAUGGUGUGCGCCGGCAAGUUCUGGCAUCGCGGACGUUCUACUCAAUACCAGCCAGGAGCUUCUGUCUCACGUUCCUGUGCUCCGACCAACAAUGCCACUCAUCAGGAACAGCAAGUACCAUGUCGCUGUAUGGCAGCGAUAUCUACCAGCAAUACUCACCCUCGCCGCUUCCUCAGUGGGCCUAGGCGUCUACCUCGCAGUGAGAACUGGGAUGUUGACCUGGCCACAUGGAGAGCAAGUCCACGUUUUCGGACGAAAGCGCUUCUCGGACUAUGGUCACCUUGGCGCCGCGCUAUCAGGUCUGAUUGUGCUCAAUCAGCAGGUGGCAGGGGACAAGGCGUAUCAUGCACAAGAACAAUUCGAUGAUCCAGUGCAUGUUGACGUGGCGGUUGUGGGUGAUGAUGGAUGA